AAUCAGAGGCGGCGCCGGGGCUGAGCGCUGUGUUUGAGACGCGUAGGGAGGCGGGGAUGGGGCUGUGAAGGGUCGGGGACGGUAUGCCCAGGGGGGCGGUGUGAGCAGGUCGGGAUGGCGGCGAGGGGGUGAGAGGCCGGAGCAGGAGCAGGAGCAGGAGCAGAGGGGGACGCGAGGCUCGGCGGAGCCGGGAUGACGGGGCGCGACCGCGCCGUGGUGCGCCUGGCGGUGCUGCAGCAGCUGCGGGCCGCGUAUGGGAUCAAGGUGAAGAGUGGGAGCUGCCGAGGGGCGGCGGGGAAGCAGCCUGGAGCGGCGGCCGUAGAGGGCAAAGUCUUUGGAAUAUUGCUUCAUUCAUUACCUCAGUCUGUUGUACCAGAGUAUGGAAGUAUUCCAAGCUUUCUUGUUGAUGCUUGCGAAUAUUUAGAAGAGCACGUUCACACUGAAGGACUCUUCAGGAAAUCUGGAUCUUUUGUUCGUUUAAAAACGUUAAAGAAUCAACUCGAUCAAGGUGAAAACUGCCUACCUGCAGCACUGCCAUGUGACGUUGCAGGGCUUCUUAAACAGUUCUUUAGAGAGUUACCAGAGCCGAUCCUUCCAAUUGAUCUGCAGGAAGCUCUUUUCAAGGCUCAGCACCUAGAAAAUGAGGAGAAGAACACUGCCACAAUACUGCUUUCCUGUCUUGUGACUGACAGAGCAAUAGAUACUUUGCGAUACUUUUUCAACUUUCUCAGAAAUGUGUCCCUAAGAUCCAAUGAGAACAAAAUGGAUAGCAGUAAUCUGGCAGUGAUUUUUGCCCCAAACCUCUUGCACUCAAGUGAUAAUGAAAAGAUGUCAGUUAACACAGAAAAAAAGCUUCGUUUGCAGGCUGCUGUUGUGCAAACACUUAUUGAUCAUGCAGCAGAUAUUGGACGUGUACCGGAAUUUAUCCUGGAAAAAAUACCUGCUAUGUUAGGUAUUGAUGCUCUUGAUUCUACUCCUUCACUGAAAGGCUAUGAAGAAAGUGAAUCUCCUAGUCAGUGUAAGAGAAGGAGAAGACGAAGUGUUGGGGUGACUCCAUUGAUUCUUACUCCAAGCACCAAGCGUAAACUUCCAACUGAUUCUUCUCAAGGCUUCUCUAGCAAGAAAAGGCGGUCCCUGAAGCAUAAUUUUGCUUUCGAAUUGCUCUCAAGUAGCUUUUUUACCAGCGCCUCAACACCAGCAUCAGCUCAAUUUGAAGCAAGCCCUUGUGUCUCUCUCGAGACAUCUCGGAGUUCACUGUCUCCUUCAGUCACCAGUGAAAAGCAUCUGUCAAGUACAGGAAAUCGAAGAAGUAAAAGAAUUGCAAGUAAAAAAAUGUACAGGGUUGAAUCAGGAAAAACUGGUUGCUUCUCUCCAAAGAUUAGCCGAAAAGAAAUGGUUCGCAGGUCAUUACGUCUGAAAUUUAGUCUGGGAAAAAGCAGCAAAGAUGUGAAUAUUUUAACUGGAUGUCCAGUUGGUAAAGGAUCUGAAAAUAUUGGCCGGCGACUUGCAAGUCAACAAGACUUGGAAAACAGAGUUGAACCUGUAAAGACAGAUACGCUUUUCAGCACAUGUGUCGGUGAACAAUUCUCAAAGAAAGGUUCACAAAUAAUGAGCAAGUCGGAGGAGAACUUGCUAACUCCAAAACAUGAUAAAGCAAAUUACCGAAUGUCUUGGAAUGGACCCAAUAUUACACAUUCUCAUGGCACCAGCAACAAUGAAGCAAGUCUCGUGGAAUAUCUUGAAGCAGGAGGUUGUUUUUCAGAACCUGUUCUUGUUGUUGGAAAGCCACCUGCCAUUCCAGAUGACUUAAGAGCCACUACUGGAAAUCAUAAGCAAGAUAAUAGUCUACGGGAGUACUCGGUUUGUGUGGAUGAGAAUAACUUGACAACAGAAACAUUAUUGAAAAUUAAAAAAGCAUUUUCUGAAUCUGGAAGCAAUCUUCAAAAUUUAAUAGGUGAUGCAAAGUCUCCUGUAUCAGAUUUAACAGAAGAAAAGUUAAGUGAAAAUCCCUGUCUCACAGGUGUUAAUCAAGAGAAGGACCUUGUUGAAACUUCAGCUGAGAGUCUGGCAGCUGAAAAAUCCAAGGAUCAGUUUAACCAGUUUGCUAAUAAAUCUUCUACCACUGACAAAUAUCAAUCAAGUAAAGAUGAAAUCAAGGUUGUGGAGGAAAACUGCUUCCAAAAUCCUAUUGAGAUUGAACUUCAGACGCAGAAAUUGGGCAUGGAAGAUGCACCAGAACUUAGUAUGCCUCAGGUAAUGUCCAGGGAGGACAGGUUAACUUUUCAGAACAGUUAUUCAAAAGAUAAUUUAAAGAAAAUAGAUUCCCUCAGAAGAAAAGAAGGUGAGGAACUGGAACAGUUGGAAAGAGUUGUUGAAGAGUGCGAGCUAAAGUCCCGUAAUUCAGAAAAAGAUAAUGGUGAGUCUACUGCGGCUGGGGAGCUCCUUGUCUCACAGUUGUUGGAGUCUAAAAACAGUCCUGGCAAACAGUACUUGCAGACUGGAGGUUAUGAUAAUACUGUCCCUAAAACUUUACCAGUUUCUGACCAUGGAAAGGUUUCUGACCACAUACACUGGUUCAACAAACUUUCAUUAAACGAUCCAUGUUCCGCAAGCAAAACUAAACCACCUCUUAAGUUUCAACGUACUCCUGUCCGCCAGUCUGUAAGAAGGAUAAACUCCCUCUUAGACUCUAACAGACAAUCUGUAAGCUAUAAAUUGGCAAAACCUGGUGAAGUUUGUUCUCCUCUUGUUAAAUCCGUAAGCUAUGAUACUGCACUAUCCUCCUGUACAGAAAAGUUCUCAAAGAAUUCCACAGUUUCAUUGCUCUAUUGUGAAACUACACGCACACAAGUUUCUACAUCAUCUGAACUAGACUUAGAAUCCAAAUCUUCAAAAUUGAUAAAUUCGCUAGAGCAGGCUGAUGCUUCUGUGAAAACAGUUAGAAUCUGCAAACAGAAAGUGACUAUUUGUAACCCAUCAAAGUCUGUUCUAGAAGAUCUAACCAAUCAUGAAGCACCAAAAGCUGCUGUAAAAAUGAACUCAAGUAUAAACAUUCUGAUUGCCACACCAGAUAAAAGUACCCUCAGGAAAAGUGCUACAGGAAAAGAAAAGGCUCGAUACAGGGGAUCUCCAAAGAAUCCAAUAUCAAAAGCAAAACUCCUGCCAACUGCUAAACCUGUAGACUUAUAAGUACUAAUUUGAUGAUUUUCUCAAAGAACAUUAAGGUAGUUUUAGAACAAUUGAGUCAAUAAAGUCGAUAUGUGAUUCUUAGUUCUGCUUUUUUUGUAAAAUAGGAUUUUAUUUUAUUUUGAACAUGUACAAGUAAACUAUUCUUUGUAUGAUAUUCGGUAUUUUUCUGUUUACUGUGGCUUCUUAUGAUUACUAGUCAGCUGCUUAUUUUAAUUUUGACUAGAUUUUUAAAAAUUAGAAAAAUCUAGUUUAAAAACUUAUAGAAACCAGUUACAAUAGGUUAUGAAUCGCUAUCUCAGACACUGAGUCAGAUCUAGUUAGAAAUAACAGGUGAGCCUGAGGUAUUUCAAAAUCUUGCAGCUUCCAGUCGAGAGUAGUAAUAUUUCUUUAAGAGAAAAUUGCUAGAUAUUUAAAAGCAAAACCAACACAUCCAAAAGCAAAAUGACUUUGAUGCUGAUCAUCAAAACAUGUGAAACAUUUUUCCAUUUACUGUACUUGUCUUAAUUCUUUAACUGUAUUAAAACACUACAGUCAAAAAAGAGACUUGUCAGUGUUCGAACUUCAGUAUCAAUGUAGACUUCGCAGUUGCUCCAAUUCCUGUGUGGCCAGGGUAUAUAUUGCUUUUGGUGUAAGUCAGGGUACAUAUGGCUUUUUUACCACUUGAUAGUUGCAUUUUUUGUCUAUGCAGAUCUAUUACUAUCUAAGCAUGCGUGCACACAAAUUGGAGAAAUGGUUGAGCAUAUGGAAAACAAAUAUGCAAUUAGAUACUGAAGUAUUAAACAUCUUUGUACAGUACACUUGGCAGGAUGGGUGUGUUCUGUUAUGUUUACCUGAUAUUUUCAUUUGCAAUCAAGCUGUAAAAUAAGUUUAAUAGCGCAAAUGAGGCUAUUAAUAAUAAUUUUCUGGAGCAAUUUUAUGUAGCUAAUCAUAGGUUGCAAAAGUAGAUUAAAGUACACUGUUGCUGAAAUAAUGGAAGACAAAAGUAAAAAGCCAUAUUGUUAAAAGUUCAUUUGCACAAACAGAUGUUUACAUCUAUCUUAGCAUUAAAACUGUUUACAUCUAUGUCAUAUUCAUUAUAAAAUUAUUUAAGA